AUUGACAACACGAACAUCAUUUUUUAGAAACGAUGUCUGCUUUCAGCGACAGGGAAGCCACGCUUUCGCGGCUCUCGAAGUUACAAAGGGAGAUCGAACAGUUAACUGAUACUCUCAAUCGUAAACCAAAUUCAAAGGCAAAGUCUUCAAGUUAUGACGACAGCAAUAGAUCCUCAUCGAGGGCAAGCAGUCGCAGAGUUGUCCUUCCAGGAAGAAGUUCUAACUUGGUGACAGAGCCCAAGGGUUUUUCAGCUCGGACACCCUUACAACCUAGUCCUAGCUAUGCAAGUAGGCUGCAAGAAAUAGAGGCUAGGUAUGCCACAUCGGGUUUGGAGCAUAAUAUCAAACCUGUUUUUGCUACAGCUCAAAUUGUUAGUUCCCUUAUUCCAUCAGGACAACCUAUCGGUGGAAAGAGUUGGACGAGUGCUCACCCAACCACGAACACUGGACAAUUCCUUAAUGUGGCUGGUAGCAGCAAGUCCUCGUUUUCAUUCCAACCUGUCAGUUCCCUCCUUCCAUCGGGACAACCUAUCAAGUCAAGUCGAGGGAGUCAUGUCUGGAAAAGUCAUCAUCGGUCUGCAAACACUACACAACUCCUGAAUGUUGCCGGUAGCCAUAGCUCUUCCUUUUUGUUGGAACCAGCGAGACAUUCUACAAAGAGAGAUAGGAACACAAGCCAGCAGCAUACAUCUAAAUCAUCUCACCGUUCUCAGGUUGUAACUAGCUACAGCCGCGAUUUGAGCAAGAAAUCCAAACUGCUCUUGAACAAUCAGGUUAAAAAGGUUGAAGAGAAGUACCUGGUCCGUCCCAACUUGCCGAUCAUGCAGGAACAGCGAAAGCAUGUUCUUCAUUCCAGCUCUACACUGCCCAACGACCCAUCAAGAGUAAAGUUAUCGUCUAGGAAGGUGAUCUCACCCUCGGCCUCUACAUCAAAACAGCUUAGUAAGGAUUCCAGUCGUGUACAGUCAACCUCGUCUCUCCCUAGCUCCGGCUCAGACAGGAAAUCCAGCAAGUACUCGUGGCGACAACCGUCUCACACAAAACAUUCCCAAGAUGAAUCCCGUAAGCUUCCGUCCAGUGGUGUCAAAAAAUCACCCUUCAAGUAUGAGAAAUCACAAUCUUCAGGAAGCCGAGAUUCUUCCCGGACCUCUACUGGCAGUCGAAGUUCAAGCCGAGAUGCCAAUCGUUCCAAGUAUCAUUACGAUUCUCGUAGUACCUCGGAAUCAUCAGCCCAUCGUAAACGCAGACACAGUGGGGAUCAUCACACACAUAGUUCUCCAUACAGUACAUCUAAAUACAAACUGACAGCCAGACCAUCAAGUAGCAGAUCAAAUACUUCUUCCUCGGGCAGCGUACAAAAGCAUUAUUCUACAGACAAAAGGCAUGACACUUCUCCAGUUCAUCGCAGCUCGAGCAACAGUCGGGUUACAAGCAAAAGUAGUCAUGUAUAUAUUCGGGGCAGAGGUCAGAACUAUCUUUCGAGUAGAAAUCAUAGCCUUCAAACUAGAAGAGGUCAUGGGUUUGUGACCUUUAGAGGUCAUGGAUCAAGAGGUCGUGGGUAUGCAAGAGGAGCUGGAGUCUACAGAGGUCAAAGUGCACCAGGUUAUAGUCCAAGAACAAAACAAGUAUGGGGAUCAUCAUAUAGCCCAAGAUAUCGAGGGAAAGGAAGAUCUUCAAGGCACAACUUCACGCGUCCAUCACCAAAGAAACAUUCUCCGGGAGAAGGCUUCCGCUCAAAGUAUGCACUGAUGAAGACCUCUCUGGCACAGAAUACACUGAAGAAGCCGCUUUCCUUCAUGGAGAAGAGAAGAUUGACUGUUCUUAAUGACACACCCGUCUUGCUGAGGUCAAGGUACAGACUGGUCAAAGGUCAUAGGAGUGUCCUUCGACCUGCAUUCUCCAGCGCAUCAUUGGUAACACCACUGCGGAAACUCCCCACGGUUAAGAGGCUUGUCACGGUGAAAAUUACCAAGACCAAACUCAUCCGCAGAGUCGCAGGAGAGAAGAUGUCAUCAGGCUCAAUGGUCAACCUACGAGGAGCACAGUUCAAACUGCGCAUUAAUCGGUUCAGUAAAGCACUGUAUCGACUCCCAUCUAAUGCCUCCCAAGUGUCCCCCUCCAAUGUACGUAGACUGGUACUGAAAUCUGCCACACCCUCGGUUACAAGAAAAGUUGCAAGCCAUGUUUUACAACGUAGCAUCAACAUUAGCCUAGCGGCCAAACACCGUAGUAAGAAGCAGUCUAACACUAAGCAAUACUGUAUGUUCUACAACCUGUAUGGGCGUUGUAAGAGAGGAAAUGAUUGUCCAUAUAUACAUGACCCGGAGAAAGUUGCUGUGUGUACAAGAUUUCUACGAGGAACGUGUCCCAAAACGGACGGGUCAUGUCUUUUCUCACACAAAGUCUCAAAAGAAAAGAUGCCGGUGUGUUCCUACUUUCUGCGUGGUGUGUGUAACCGUGACGACUGCCCUUACUCGCACGUCAAGGUCAGCAAUAAAGCAACACCUUGCCCAGACUUCAUCAAAGGUUACUGCCCACUGGGAGAAAAGUGUAAGAAGAAACAUAUUGUGAGGUGUCCUGACUUCACACUGACAGGAAAGUGUGCAAACGGUGCAAAGUGUCCGCUCUUGCACAAGAGGGAUCCAACCAAAAGCAACAACGUCAAAACCAAGACGAGAAAAAGUUCCACACAGGAUUCUGAGACGGAGAAAGUAAGAACCUCUGACAGAACUCCUACAGCAAAACACAAAAAGAGAGAAACUUCUUUUAUAAAACUAUCCUCCGAUACGCCAUCAAACAAGACAGCGCCCUCAACGCCUGAUACAAGUGAGAAAGGAAACAGUUUCCAGCGAAACACUAGUGAGCGUCAACAAAUAACAAGUAGUGGUGAGGGAGCCAGUAUCAUUCCUUCAUUUGUCAAGUUGUUGAAUGCCGAUAGAAACAAAAGUAUAGCGCCCUCAGUAGCCAAGACAGCAGUUAGUGACAGGGAGCCUGCGAUUAUCCCUCGCCUUCGGACAAAGAGUAACACAUCUCUGCCCCCUCAGGAAAAUGGUAUGAUCCAAUCAACAUCCAGAAAGCUACGAAGUGAUACACUGCCCUGUGGAGGUGAAAGCUCCAAAUCCUCAAAAGGUUUGGCAUCAGUCGUACCAAAGGCAUCUGCUGACCAUCACCAUCUGGUUGAAACAGCUCCCUCUUUGCCCAAAGAUGAAGAUUCUUCUUUCAUCGACCUCAACGUAACACCACCCUCACUGUCGGCGGCUGGAGAGGGUAGUGAGGAAUUGCCUUCAUUCAUUGAGCUGUAUCCUGGUUCCCCCUUCAGUCCAAUGGAAGAGUCCACCAAUACUGCACAACAAGAAGCUGCUGUCACAAGAACACUUCAGAUUCGACCUCAAUUCAAAAGGCUCUUCAAAUCAGAGAAAACAGACAGUACAAAGAAAACAGACACAACAGACAACAGAUAG